AUGUCGUUUUUCGGUCGGAUGAAAAACCUCUUUCGGACUCCGGUCGUCGAGGUAUCCAGACGGUCUCUACCACCUAUUAUUGAGGUGAACGUGAAUCCCUACGAGUACUGGGAGAUAGUCGGCGAGCUGGGUGAUGGUGCUUUCGGUAAAGUGGAGAAGGCGCUUUCGAAAUCGGAUCAAAGACUAUUCGCUGCUGCUAAGGCAAUUGAGGUCCAAGAAGGUGAACAACUUGAAGACUUCUUGGUUGAAAUCGAUAUUCUGACAUCAUGUAAGCACCCCAACAUCGUCGAACUCUACGCUUGUUUCUUCUUCGAGAAUAAGUUACACAUGAUGCUUGAAUUUUGCGGUGGUGGAGCUGUUGAUGCGAUUAUGAUUGAACUCGAGAAACCACUUAUCGAAAAGCAGAUUGCUUAUAUCGCAAGGUACACCUGUGAGGCUAUCGCUUUUCUUCAUGAACAAAAUGUAAUUCAUCGAGAUUUGAAAGCUGGAAAUAUCCUUCUUACAUCCGAGGGAGUUGUAAAGCUGGCUGAUUUCGGCGUAUCAGCAAAGCUUAAAGAUAGGAAUGAAAAGAGGGAUACAUUCAUUGGAACUCCAGAUAUUUCCUUAUGUUUGUUAAUGAUGUGCGAGACUUUUAAGGAUCAACCAUACGAUACGAAAUCCGAUAUCUGGUCUUUUGGAAUAACGCUCAUUGAAAUGGCCCAAAUGGAACCACCUCAUUCUAGUGUCUCACCUAUGAGAGUUCUAAUAAAAGUGCAAAAAUCUUCCCCACCAACACUUGAACAUCCCGCUCGUUGGUCUAUAUUCUUCUCUGAUUUCUUGGCGCAAUGUUUGGUGAAGAACCCUGCGGAACGAAAAACAGCCAAGCAAAUAUUAUCGCAUCCAUUCAUUGCAAACGCUACGGAUUGUGCUCCCAUUAUGGCCUUGUUGGCAGAAGUUAAUGCUGACAUUUUAGAAGAAGUAGUAAUUGAUGGUGAUCGUGCUAGUUGCGACGAAAGUUGUGCCGAUUCGGAAGACCAAGGUACGAUUCCAUUGCAGUGGGUCAAUUUUAGUAGCAAAGUAGCUCGUUACAGUUUCGUUUGUUCCGAACUCCGACUAAUUACUACUAUCUGGAAGAGGAAGUUAUGUUGUAUGCGUUUUCAGUUUCUAACGUCAUCUCCCGUUGAGAAGAAAGCACCUCCUCCUGAACCGCCUGUGGAUUAUAACGAUCAACAGAAUUCAAAAGGUAUAUUUAUUGCACACUUAUCAAUGUAUAUUGCGAUGCUAUUGACUGUUUUACUUAGAAAAUUGGGAGUGAGGAAGCAUUUACAUCGGCAAACCGUAACCAAAAAAACUCGUACAUAUACGAUUGAUGGAAUGCAAGUUACUUCUACAACAAUGCAUGUUUUGGGUGCAAAGGAGGAUAUGCAAAUGAGGAAGCAACAACUGCAAGACUUGCGGCGUCUUCAGCGUGAGGAGGCUCGACAAAAACAGGAGUUACAACUGGAGGGAGCCAAUUUAGUAGAGCAACAAGAGAAGAAAUUCCAACAAGAGAAAGCACUUCUAACGCGGCAAUAUGAGAUUGAUAUGGAAGCGUUGGAAAGAAAACAGAAGAGAGAAAUCGAAGAAGCAGAGAGAGUGCAAGAAGAAGAAAUGAAACAGGCUCAAAAAAGAGUGAAAUAUGAGCAGGAGAAAGAUUUGCGUGCUUUCAAAGAACGUCUUAAGCAAGAGAUGAAGAUAAUGAAGCAAGAGUUGGACAUGCUUCCUCGACAACAUAGAAAGGAUGCGGUUAAGAUGAAGAAGGAUCAAAUGGAGCAUGAAAAUCAUAUCAAGGAGGCUGAUUUCAUAAUGCAGCUUCAGAAAAACGCCGAAGCUACUCUUGCGAGGAUAACGCAGAAGCAUAAGGAGAAAAUGGCAGCGCUCGAGCGCCAGUUCUUAAUGCAGAAACAUCUUUUACUGAGGGCGAAGGAAAACAGUGAUUGGGAACUGGAAGAAAAGCAAAUGGGAGAGAAAUACGUGUUACAUCGCAAACUAUUCAAAGAUGAGUACUUCUUGCUACGAACACAAAUGCUUGCAAGACAUCAGAAGGAGUUGGCACAAGCUCAAAAGAUCAAUCAGGAAGAGGAAGACGAGCUUGUUCGUGCUCUUGCUGCAGAUCGUAAAAAACUGCCAAAAAUGCUAAGAAAUGAAGCAAAGACAAGAAGUGUAAUGUUCAAAGAGAGCCUUCGAAUCAGCGUUCAGUCUAUGACUCCAGCUGAGAUGAGCGAAAAACUUCGACGCUUUGACGAACAUGAAAAUAUGAGGAUUAAGAACGCACUGGAAGAACACGACUUAAAAAGUGCUAAGAAAAUCGCGCAGUUGAAGGAAAAACACCAACAAGCGAUGAAUGAGCUAGACGAAAUGCAGAAUGAGAAACGGAAGCAAUUGUUGGAGAAGGAGCGUAAUACUAUGCAGGAACAUGAGACGAAGUACUUCAGCAUGAGAGAACAGUGGGAAGCAGAUUUGGCUCCAAGAAAACUGCUGUUGGAGAGCCGUUUUCAAGAUGAAAUGGAAGCACAGGAGCGAUUUUAUGGUAUUUCUAUCAGUGGAUCAAUCACAUCGACGCCAAUUAUGCCAACCCGAAUACAUUGA